UUAAAAACUAUCUAGUUCUAACCCCUCCACACAAGUAGGGAUACCUUACACUAGGUGGUUGCUCAGAAGCCCAUGCAGCCUGUCCAUGAACACUUCCAGGGAUGGGGCAGGGAUUAUCCUUCUAUCACAGUUAAAUAUUACAGGUGCUGAGGAAAGGGGUCACUCUGGUCAGUCCUGGAGGGUUUUUCCCAGUGGUCCUGGAGGGUUUCUAGGUUUAGCCUGUUCUUGUGGCCAAGGAACACUUGUCUGUCCUGGCUGCUCUAUCCUCAAUUCCUCAAGGGACAUUCACCUGUCCUGACUGCUCCAUCCCCAACCCUGGCUUUGGCAUUGCACAGACUAAGGCCAACAAAUUGCACUGUGCAGAGUCAGCGAGUCCAGCCUCGCCUGCCUGACCUUGGGCGAGGGGAGGGACAGGCCUGGGAUCCCAAGAGGGAGGGAGGUGGUGAGAGUGUCACAGUGCAAGGACAGGGAUAGUGCUAGCCCUGAAAACCAAAAGGCUCAGGUUUGGUAGAGCAGGGAAGGUACAUAAAGCAGCACUGCAGAUACCUAGCUCAGGGCAUUCCCUGCCUGGGCAGGAUACUUGGCUCCCUUUGCAUCAUUCCACAACCACCAGGAAAAGUGGAUCAUGGGUAUGGACCAGAGCCAAGAGAUUGAGGUGCAGGCAGAGAAUUUUCAAGCGCCACGAGCUGAUGCAAGUCCUCAUGGGCACGUGAGAGAUAACCAAGUAGCAAAAGGCACUGGCAGAGUCCAGUGAGAGCAGUGCAGCCACAGCCAGAGCAGCAUGGCAGGGCUCCACGUCCGCUCCCUUCUGGUGACUGGGGCCAACCGAGGCAUCGGCCUGGGACUUGUCCAGCAUUUCCUGAAGAUGCCAAACCCACCACAGUGGAUCUUUGCAGGCUGUCGGGACCCCAAGGGACAGAGAGCACAGGAGUUACAGAAUUUGGCUUCCAAGCACCCCAACAUCAUCAUCGUCCCUCUUGAAGUCGCCAACCCUGCCAGCAUCAAGGCAACUGCAGCCAAGGCUGGGGAGCACCUGGGGGGCUCUGGGCUGAACCUCCUCAUCAACAACGCUGGAAUUGUGAAGCUGAACACACUUGAUACUGAGACACUAGAGGACAUGAGAGAGAUUUACACCACCAACACAGUUGGGCCCCUGCUGAUGGGCCAGGCGUUUCUGCCCUUGCUGAAGAAGGCUGCCCAGGGGAGCCCAGGCUCAGGGCUGAGCUGCAGCAAGGCUGCCAUCAUCAAUGUAUCCAGCAUUGGCGGCUCCAUCUCUUCUUGCUUUGGUUGGGACCUGAUGCAAGUCACCUCUUACCGCUGCAGCAAGGCUGCUCUGAACAUGCUGAGUAAGUGCCAGUCCAUGGCGUACAAGGACCACGGCAUCCUCUGCGUCGCUCUCCAUCCCGGCUGGGUGCAAACCGACAUGGGCAGCUCUGCCGGACACACGCCCCCUGUGACAGUGGAUGAGAGCGUGCAAGGGAUGCUGAAGGUCCUCUCCUCCCUCUCCGAGAAGGAGACCGGCGCCUUCCUGGACUGGGAAGGGAAUGUCAUACCCUGGUGAGACCCCACUUGAAGAUCCUGGCAGCCAGAAGGGACCCUGUGCCACUGCUUCCACCUGUCCCACAUCC